AUGGCCAUCGAUUUCCAGUCAGUCAUCCCGAUCCUCCGCAUCUUUGAUAUCCCUAAGGCAGAUGAAUUCUACCUCAACUACCUCGGCUUCAAGGUUGACUGGGAUCAUCGAUUCGAUGAAAAUGCACCGCUAUAUCGGCAGAUUGCUAGGGGGAACCUAAUCCUUCAUCUAAGUGAGCAUCACGGGGAUGGCAGCCCGGGUGUUCAGGUCCGCAUAAUGAUGACAGGAGUCGCGGAGUUUCAUUGCGAGCUAACCGCCAAAAACUAUCGAUACAUGAGGCCAGGUAUUGAAGAGGGUCCGGCGGCGGGAUCGCAAGAGAUGAGCAUUAUCGAUCCGUUUGGAAACCAGAUCAGGUUCUGCCAGGUCGAUGAUCAGAAAGCUAAAACCUAG